AUGGCUAAGACAUGUACCUCUGAGACAGAGCUGCAAAAUAUGGGUUCAGUAUCACAGGAGGUUCUGACUUCCUGCAGUAAAGAGGAGGAACUCACUGUCCUGGAGAAAUAUGUCCAGCCUUGUGUAGCAGAACUGCUGGGGAGUACUCUGUUCAUCUCAAUGGGAUGUCUGUCUGUGCUUGUGAACCCAUAUGGGUCAGGACCUAUGCUCCCGGCUCUGGCACACGGACUGACACUGGCAUCUCUCAUCGCAGUGCUUGGCAAUGUAAGUGGAGGACAUUUUAACCCAGCGAUAACCUUGGCUGUUGCUAUCUCUGGUGGGAUGAAUCCUAUACUGCUCUUACCUUAUUGGGUGGUCCAGCUUUCAGGCGGGAUGUUGGGGGCUCUCCUAGCUAAGGGCCUGGCAAGGGAAGAAGCAUUUGUGAAUCGGACUGGGGCUGCGUGCAUGCUCGGUAACGAGAGCUCAUUAGGGGAAGCAAUUGGUGUUGAGAUUGUGGGAACGUUCCUGUUGAAUUUGACUGUUCUGAUGGGAGCCAUUGGAGACCGCAGUAGGACGCCAUUUGCCCCCUACUCCAUCGCAUUCACGGUCAUUGCUGGAAUAUUAGCAGGUGGUUCCAUAUCAGGCUCUUGCCUCAAUCCAGCACGAGCCUUGGGCCCCGCUGUAGUCGCUGGCUACUGGGAUUACCACUGGGUUUACUGGGUGGGCCCUAUAUCUGCAGCUAUCAUGGUGUCGCUUGUAUUCAGGUUUGUUCUUGCAGGAAGAUCUCACAGAGUAUGUUUAAAAUAA